UAACAGUAACAGUAAAAUGCAGCUUUUGCUUGUAAAUCCAAUCCAAUCCAAUGAAAAACGUGUGGUGUUGUGGGGGGCGCAGGGCGGCAGCAGCAGAGGCGGACUUCCUGGCGGCGGGGGUGGCGCUGUUCCAGCGGCGUUGCGAGCGGCGGCGCGAGGCCCGCCCCGCCCCCGCAGACUCCACCGCCCCCGCCCACCGCUCGCUGCUGGGGGCCGCCGCACUCGACGGCCUCUGGCUCUGGCGCUGCUUCAACUACAGCGCGCGGGCGCCGGGGCGGUGUCCGCGCCGCGCGAGCCGGGCCAAUGGGCGCUGUGGGCGCUGACGCUGGCGCCCAACGAGGGGCUGCGCGUGUCGGCGCCGCUGCCCGUGGCCGUCUUCAGGCCGCUCGCCGUCUUCUUCUCGCUGCCCGCGGCGCUGCGCGUGGGCGAGACGCUCGAGGUGGACGUGCGCAUCGCCAACAACGUCAACUCCUGCAUG